AUGGUUUUGGAGGACGAGAGCAGCGAUGACAACUCAAGCCUCCCGUACAUGUACUCUGAAACCUCCACCGAUGGGCUCAACCAGGCCAGUUACUCCAUUGGAGCUAGGGUUAGGGUGCCUUUCUCACUUGAGGACCCGGAUUACAAGGGCCUUGAGCUAGAUCUGAUGUCGUUCUGCGACAAGUAUGGAAAGCCAUCAGAGAGGCUUGUUGCAUUUGAAGGAACAAUGACUAGGAGAAGGUUCUUAGCAUGUGCAGAGCCAGAAGGUCAGAAUUGUGGGUUUGUUCAGUGGGUUGAUGAGCAGUGGCCCCCAACAAUGGAGAAUGAAUUGUUGAAGCUUUGGUCAAUGGUUGAAGAGAGCAAGUCUGCUAGGGUGAAUGAUAAUCUUGAAAGUGCUUUAACUAUUCACCAUUUGACAGAAGAAAAGAACAAGCUGGAUGCAGACUAUGACAAAGCUGAAUUGGUGGCUGGUAUGAAGGCAGAAAUGGCAAAGAAAGAUGCAGUUACAGAAAAGCUUCAACAGAAGUAUGAACUCCUGUGCAACCUGACAAGUGCUCAAGCAACUGUCAUCCAGAACCUGGAAUUGAAGAAUAUGACAGAGAAGGAAUUGCUUAGUGAGGCUAGGAUGAAUUUGGAGUUGAAGAAUGCAGAGUUCACAAAGUUUGAGGAGAAGCUCACCCAAGAGAAGCUAGAGUUGAAGUUUCAGGUUGCUGAUCUGCUGAAGCUCAAGGAAACCCAUAAUGAAAAGAAGUACAUGCUAGAGCUUAAGAUUAGUGAGCUCAUGAAGGCAGAGGAAAUGCUUAAGGGGAAGAUCAAGGGGAUCCAGGCCAUCUUACAGAACUGA